CACCACUAGCUGUCAUUCGGCGACGCGACGAACUGAAAUCAACGUGCUUAUUUUCCGCUCGGUAAUUUGCCAGAAAAAAACUAAUCGAAAUGGGCGUACAAGUGGUUCCAAUUGCUCCUGGUGAUGGCAGCACCUAUCCCAAGAAUGGCCAAAAGGUCACGGUCCACUACACCGGCACCCUGGACGAUGGCACCAAGUUCGAUUCGUCGCGCGACCGCAACAAGCCCUUCAAGUUCACCAUCGGCAAGGGCGAGGUCAUCCGUGGCUGGGAUGAGGGAGUUGCCCAGUUGAGCGUCGGCCAGCGCGCCAAGCUGAUCUGCUCGCCGGACUAUGCCUACGGUAGCCGUGGCCACCCCGGCGUCAUUCCGCCCAACUCCACCCUCACCUUCGACGUCGAGCUGCUCAAGGUCGAAUAGGCGCACAGGAUGCCCAAUGUGUAUACCCCCAACCAAAUUGCAGGGGGUUGCGGACCGGCGCACCGGCGACGAGCCGAAGAACAUCAUAAUCGGAACCA